GGUGUUGUGUUGGGUGGAGAGCGGGGCGUUGUGGGGCGAGUCGCCAUGGGGCUGCCAGGUCGGGCCCUCUUCCUGCUGGCGGCCUCGGACUUUGCGCUGCAAUGGGGGCUGUGGGCGGUGGCGGCCGCCUUGCGCACCGAGAAGUUCUUCGAUUUGGCGGGAAGUGGGACUUUCAUUUUACUGGCACAUCUCAGCCUCAGUUGGGGGAACAGCAGUCAUCCUCGGCAGCAAGUCCAAACAGGGCUAGUGACUAUCUGGGGUCUUAGGCUGGGUCUUUACCUCUUCCUGCGGAUCUUGAAAGACGGACAUGACAGGCGGUUCCAUGGUAUAAGAGACCAACCGGGCAUAUUCUUUUUUUACUGGACCUUACAAGGUGUUUGGGUGUUUAUAACGCUUCUCCCCACUCUUCUGCUAAACCUGGAGAAACAUGAAAAGCCUUUGGGAUUCUGGGACUACCUCGGAUGGAGCACCUGGGCAGUGGGCUUCAUUAUAGAGGCCGUGGCUGACCAACAAAAGUGGCACUUCAGAAGCAACCCUGAUAAUACCGGCAAGUUUAUCCAGAGCGGCCUGUGGGCAUAUAGUCGUCACCCCAACUACCUUGGGGAGAUCUUGCUGUGGACAGGACUUUUUGUGUCAGCUGCAUCUGUGCUACAUGGGUGGCAAUAUAUCAGCAUUGUUUCGCCAUUGCUGGUGUGGUACUUGCUUAAUUAUGUCAGCGGGAUCCCAAUUCUAGAGAAAGCAGCCAUGAAGAGAUGGGGGAAGGAAGCAGCUUUUCAGGCUUACCUGCAGGAGACACCUGUGCUGUGGCCUAUCAGAUUUAGGCAGUAGCAGACAGUUGCAUCUCACUCUCUGAAUUUGCCUCUAGAAGGCAUUGGCUACAAGGCCACCCCAACAUGUGCUUGGCUUGUUCAGAUCCUGGGGUCAUCUAAUCCCAAUGGCUGGUGAAUAUCCAUAGACUGUGCAAUAAGACAGGGUGCACAAAUGGCUUGCCACCUGGAGUCUGUCAUGAGAGCAACCAGGAUGCAACCUAUGCCAUGAGGCAGUCAUCUCCUAUGCACCUCUCCUCAGUUGACAAGAUUCCAACAUGAUCUUUCUGCCAUCACAUCUAUAGCAUUUUCCCCUCAGUGUCCUGGAACAAAAAUGUGUCUGGUAUAAAACACUAAUCUCAGAUUAGAAGGCUCUGCUGGUCUUUUUUAGCUUCAAUUACAUAAAGUAGCUGGAAGGCUUUGCUCUCUUCCUGGUAAAUGGGUGCCCCUUGCCUAGCUCCCUGAAGUGUUAAUCCCAGUAAUCCAGUGUGCUGAGAAAAGAGGAGAUCAUAGGCAGCAAGUUCACCUUUUGUAUAAAGAAGCAUGAAUGUAACCUGCCGAAACAGGGUUAGUAGCAGAUAACACGCCAGCUGUAACAGAAGCACUAGGGCUGCCUCCAACUUUGUGCAAGAGUCAUUAUUCCCUUUUGUUUUUUAAUGUAAAGCCAAGCUUAUAAAUCCUCCAGUGUUAUAAAGCUAUAGUCUUCAUAAUUAGAUUUGCUUCACUGGUUAGAAAUACAACGCCCACUGAAAUCUGUAUACCGACUAGCACGACAUAUUCCUAGAAGGAGAGUAUUUCUGAAGUCAUUUUAAAAUACUAUUCUUUGGCUAAACGUAUUCCUUUUCACCCAACUUUGCUAUGUCAGGUGAGCUUUUGGACAUUUUUGUACAAAUGCCUCUAGUCAAAUAAUGUAUUUAAAGACAACCAAGAGCAAUUUCCACUUGUGAAUACAGAAUAUCUGAAGAA